CCGGAAGUCAGACUCGCUCGAUCGCGUCCAACAUGGCGACUCCCAUGCACAGACUGAUCGCUCGGAGACAAGCGGAGGCAAACAAACAGCAUGUGCGCUGUCAGAAGUGUCUGGAACACGGACACUGGUCCUAUGAGUGCACUGGGAAGAGAAAGUAUCUUUAUAGACCUUCCAGGACAGCCGAGCUGAAAAAGAGACUAAAAGACAAGGAGAACAAUCCUUCGGAUGAUGUGGGAGCUGGAAUAAUGGCACGCAGUGAGAAAAAACCUAAGAAAAAGAGGUCCUCCUCCAGUUCCAGCAGCGGCAGUAGUGAUUCGUCCAGCUCUUCCAGCGACUCUUCCUCGGACAGCAGCGACUCGUCCAGCUCCUCAUCCUCGUCUGAAGACAGUAGCAGUGACAGCGACGACAGCUCCAGCUCUUCCUCCUCGUCUUCCUCCGCUUCUGACUCUGAUUCCUCCAGCAGUUCUGAUCAGGGCCCUCCAAAGAAGAGAAAGAAGAAGAAAUGAGGGUCCAGUUCAUCUGAUUCGAGUCCAGAACUUGUGUCAUAUACAUUGAUGGGAUUGACUGUCACUUUGCUAUUGAAUAUGUGAGAGUAGGAUGGGAAGUCAUGUAUAAAAAGAAAUUGAGACAUAUGUAUGUAUAUUCUCAUUUUUUUGUAGAAUGUGAAAAUCAAACUUAUUUACAACUUUGUUUUCUCUCCAUGGCAGAGUGUAGUGGUGUCUUUAACAUUAUUUAUUCAUUCAUACCAACAUCAGUUGAUUUAUUUCACAGCUUUCUGACCAAUUUUUGUUUUUUUUUAAGGACUGACCAUGAAGUAAGAAUUGUGGCAUAUGAACAGGCUGAGGCGCAUUAACAUGGUCUUCAUUUUAAAAUGGUCUUAUGAAAUAAACUGAUUUCUUACACAAAGAAAUGCAUGUAAAUGUGAAA